AUGCACGUUAGGUCAGGUUUCGGCUGGUGGUGCAGGGCCCACGGAGGGCCAGCGCAGCCGGGCAGGAGAGGACGGGGCUGGCUUCCACCCAGCGAGCGCCGCGAGGCGGGUGGCUGGGAGCUGGGAGGCCUGGCAGUGGUCUGGGGACAGAUGUCCUGGCUGGAGGCCGAGGGCCCUCAAACUGGCAGCAGGCAGGCAGUGAGCGUCCAAGCCGGCAGGUGGUCGGUGCCGGGAGGCCCGACCGCAGGUAGUGCUGACCUGCCCGGAGGUUGCUCCACGUCCUGA